CCGGCCAGGCCAGCCCCGCUGCCUCCGUCAAUCAGCCCUGGCCCCGUUCCCGGGUGCUGGUGAAGAUGGAGGCCCCCAAGCUGCUCCGGGUCUGGGUGCUGGCAGCUGUGGCCCUGGGGGGGUCCCGGGCCACCCUCCCCGAUCACCAUGUCCUCCCUGACCACCGUGUCUCCUCCGAGACCGGAGCCAUCUUCGUCCACGAGCUGGAGCGGGACCUGUUCCAGGAAGCCUUCCUCGCCGGGCACGAGGAUGAUGACGCAGCCACCCCCAUCACCUUCCAAGCCCACCUCCGGGACCACCCCGACCUGCCACGGUGGCUGCGGUACAUCCAACGUGACCCCCACCAGCCAGCCUACCUCUACGGUUGCCCCACGGCCACCGAGGUGGGCACCCACACCAUCGAGGUGCUGGCGUACAACCGGCACACCUACGAGACGGUGGCACAGCGCCUCGUCAUCACCGUCGUCCCCGCUCCAGGUGGGGACCCGCCGUACCAGGGCGAGUUCCUGGUGGGGAACAGGAACGUGGAGGAGCUGCUGCCGGCGGCCGCGCAGGAGAUCUUCCUCCAGGCCACGGCCGGUGUCUGGGAUCAGGACGACCUCCAUGUCAUCAACAUCACCUCUGCUCUGGACCGGGGCGGCCGCGUCCCGCUGCCCAUCGAGGGGCGCAAGGAGGGAGUGUACGUGAAGGUGGGCUCCCACGGCACCUUCUCGCCGUGCCUGGCGUCGGCCGCCUCGCCGCAGAGCCGCUUUCGCUGCAGCCUGGGCCAGCAGCCCCUCGCCUCCUGCUACGACACCUUCGCCCCCCAUUUCACCAUCCGCUGGUGCAACCUCACCCUGCUGCAGGUUUGGCCCAGCCCCACGGCUUCGGGGACGGUGUGGGGUUCCGGGGUGCUGGAGGACGAUGGGGAUUUCCAGCCCCCCACCGAUGCCCCCCCCCAGGACCUGCUGCCCGGGUUCCUGGUGACGCUGCUGGUGCCACUGGCCGUGGCCGUGCUGCUCUGCCUGCUCCUGGGCCACCUCAUGUGCUGCCGCAGGGAGGGAGUGCAAAAACGGGACUCGGAGACAUCUGACAUCCAGCUGGUCCACCACACCACCAUCCACGGUGACACGGAGGAGCUGAGGCACAUGGCCAGCAGCCGGGAUGUCCCACGGCCCCUUUCCACCCUUCCCAUGUUCAACGUCCGCACGGGUCAACGCAUCAACCCCAUGCCCAGUCCUCCGGAUGGUGCCCGCGUCCCCCUCCUCCCGCAGUGAGCCGGGGCGGUGGGUACCCGGGUGACACCAGGAUGAUGCCGGAGCGGGGACAAUCCCAAGGAUGGGGAUGGAUGAAGAGGCAUCAUGAUGCUUUUAGGGGGGACUUUGCAGGGGAUGAAAGCCCGGCAGCGGGCAAAGCCCAGCCAGACGGGCAGUUGCCCGUCCGGCUGGGUUCUGCCCGCUGCCAGGCUAUUGCCUGGAGCGUUUGGGGGGGCUACCAAUACUUGGAGUGGGGGUCAUCAGCAUCCGUAUGUAUCAGUGGGACAAUACAGGACACCUGCAUCCUAUUCCCUUCCCCUCCAGCCUCAUCUGUCCCACCUGACCUGAUGAAACCCUUAAAUAAGAGCUGUGGGAGCAUUAUAGCUUUUUUUGGG